AUGAAGGCCGACCAUCCUCAGUACUCGAAGCGCGCGGUAGGGGAGGGGAAGGAAGUUGGGACUUUGAACCCCGAUGAGCUUUUCUCCGGGUCAGAGAGCCUCUUCGUCAAAGACAGCUCGAUCUUGCAUCCUUUCUCCAGCAUUCACCUGACGUGGGACCUCUGGAUGGUCCUGCUGCUGAUCAUCACCAUUAUCAUCGUCCCGUAUGAGCUGGCCUUCCAGGAGUUCACUUGCACAGCGUCCAUUGACAUUGCUCAGCUCGUCUUGCUGUGGGCGAUCGACGCCUCCUUCUGGCUGGACAUUCUCCUCAACUUCCGCACUGCUCUGGUGGUUCUGAACCCCGUGACGGGCAAGAGCGAGGUGAUCAUCGAUCAGCGAACCAUCGCCGUCACCUACGUCAAGUUCUGGUUUUGGUUCGAUGCCAUCGGCUCUCUCCCCAUCCAGGCCAUUGAGAGCAGCUACCUCAACACCAGCUGCUCCUUCUCAGCCAUCAAGGCUCUCCGGUUCAACCGCCUGGCGAGGCUCGUGAGGCUGUUCCGUAUCAUCAAGCUCAUGCGGUUUAGUCGAUGGACGUUCAUGCUCACGAGGCUGCAGGAUCGCCUCUCCAUCAACCCGGCCCUGUUGCGAUUCCUGGAACUGUCGGUGGCGGUGGUGAUGCUCGCCCACUUCAUGGCCUGCUUCGUGUACGGCAUGCUCCCCUUCGAGACCGACUACGAGCAGAACUGGGGGUCUGUCUCUGUCAUCACUGUGCCCUGGGCAGGAGAGUUUGUCCUGUUCUGCCCUCCUCCUUCCUUCACGGUCGACAACGAGGUCUUGCCCCCCUGCGUGCACCUGCAGGAUGCCAACUGCUCAAGGACGGUGUUUGUUGAGGUCAACAACAGGACGGAGAUUUCGAGGAGAAAAUGCUUGCAGCGGGAUGGCAAGUGGCUGGAAGAGGCGUCAAGCAGCAACAAGUACCUCAUCUCCCUCUACUACACGUUCGUCACAAUGUCCACGGUAGGCUAUGGCGACAUCGUGUCACAGAAUAUCUUUGGGAUCAUGAUCUGCACUCUCAACAUGAUGAUGGGAACGAUGCUGUUUGCGAUCUUCAUCGGCAACAUCACGGAGCUGAUGACGAACCUCGACCUCCGCUCCAAGAACUACCGCAAGAAGAUGGACAGCAUGGAGCACUUCAUGCACUCCGAGAACCUGCCGCUGCGCCUCCGCAACAGGGUCAGGUACUUCUUCGAGCACGGGUACAACCACGCUCGGGGCCUGCCCUCCUUCAUCGACGAGCUGCCGGAGAACCUCAAGAUUUCAGUUGUGCUGCACCUCUACAACGACGUCGUCCGUUCCGUUCCCUUCUUCGCUCAGGGGAGCAAGCAGUUCAUCACGAUGAUCAUCCUCAAACUGAAGUCCAAGGUACUCGCCCCGCACGACGCCGUCUUCCAUGCCGGCGACCAUGGCGACACCAUGUACUUCCUCAACGACGGGGCAGUGUGCAUCAUGCUCGACCAGCAGCUGGACAUCUUUGCGACCAUGUCCGAGGGAGGCUUCUUCGGGGAGGAGUGCGUGACAGGGCAGAGCGACGUGCGGGAGGUGUCGGUCUUCGCGCUCUCCUGGUGCAAUCUCCUUUCUCUCUCCUCCCAGGACCUCGAGCAGUGCAUCGCCGGCGAGCCCGAGUCGCGCGAGCUCUUCAGGAACCUUGUCACCUCCUCCAACCUCCAGCGCUGCAUCGAGCGGAUCCAAGGAGCGAUCCCUGGGAGGGAGGUCGAGACUGAGACCCCACGGGAGGAGCAAGAGAAAGGGGAGAAGCGACAGUUCCCUCCCGUGGUCCUGCGAGCUCUAGAGCUGCAGGAGGACUCGUCCGAGCUCAAGGAGCAGCGGCCGCUCUCGUCCGCGCGCAUGUCGAGAAACUCUGUUGACCUCGUAAAGCAGCUGCAGGAGCAGAUGGGCAUGGAGGAAGUCAUGCAGCGAAUCAGCUCGGACUACGAAGCUUCGAGGAAGAGGCGAGCAAACGUUCGCAAGAGCAUCGCAAGGCUGGAGAAGAUCUUAACCACAGCGGGAAGGAGAUAG